AUGACUCCUGGGAAGCGCCGCGUGCUCUUGACGGACGACGAUUCGUCAGAAGAAGAUGUUCCGCUCUCACAGAAGGUGAAGCGGUCUCGUCGCUCUUCAGAGGCUUCACUCGCGUCUCCGGCGCCUCUCAGUAGCAGUGAAUCUCCCUCGCUAAUCAAGCUAUCUCCAGGGGCUGCGCUGUCCCCGAACGUCAAAACAGACGCUUCCUCUCCCGCCUCUCCCGGCGCAGGGGCCGAGAAGAAGACUGUCGCCAUCGGCCGCUCUUGCGCGUCUGUUUCGUCUGCCAGCAACUCGCCCUCACUUUUGAAUGGAAAGACAAACGAGGAACGGGACGCAAACAGUCCGCUGCCUCCGCCUGGGGCCGAGGCAGCGUCUGCCGCCGGCGCGACCGCGGUCGGAGGCGAUACGGGCGCGGGCUCUGCCGCGCCGCGCGUGAAGGCGGAAAAGACAGCUGGAGCCGCGGGGCACGGGCAAGGCCCGCAAGAGAACAAGGAGACGCCGAAGGCCGACGGAGCGGAGCGUCAGACCAAGAGAGACAUCGACGGAGGCGCGGGAAAGGUGAAACUGGAAAGCCCCGGAUCGCCCAACAGAGGCGGAGAUGGAAAGGGGACGGGGCCCCGCGCCGCAGGCGUCGCCAGUGUGCCCAAAAAGCGCGUGAACAAAUACGUGAAGACGGAGGAGAACUUCGAACCGAUCAAUCGAUGGUGGGAGCGGACGGAGGCGGAGAUCGAGCGAGAACAGGAAAAGCAGUGGACCUACCUCGAGCACAACGGUCUGAUGUUUGCGCCGCCCUACGAGCCCCAUGGCACACAAAUCAAGUACAACGGCCAGCCUGUGUCUUUGCCUCCUGAAGCGGAGGAAGUCGCCAAUUACUGGUGUGGAGUUUUGGAGAGCGACUACGCGACGAAGCCUCGUUUCAUCGAGAAUUUCUGGAAAGCCUUUUUGAGGAAUCUGCCGAAAGAUCACCCGAUCCUUCGCGAUGAAGGCCACGCUGAGGCCAAGCUUGCGACGGAGUACAAGAGCGGCGAGCGUUUGGCAGGCUUCGCUGCUUGCGACUUCUCGCCCAUCAAAGAGUAUCUGGACAAGCAGAAGGAGCUGAAGAAGGAAAUGACUAAGGAAGAAAAAGAGGUUGUGAAACAACAAAAGCUUCAAGAAGCGGCUCCAUACGCGUACGCUCUUGUCGACUUCAUCCGCGAGAAAGUUGGCAACACUCGGGUAGAGCCUCCGGGGCUCUUCCGCGGCCGAGGAGAACAUCCGAAGCAAGGCAUGCUGAAGCGGCGCAUCUUCUCCUACGACGUCAUUUUGAAUCUCGCCGAAGACGCGCCAGUGCCGCGCGUGGCGCUUCCCGGGCACGCGUGGAAGGACGUUUUCCACGACAAUUCCGUCACCUGGUUGGCGUUCUAUCGGGACUCCAUCAACGACCAAGUGAAGUACAUGUACCUUGCAGCGCAGUCCAAGUUCAAAGGCCAACAGGAUUUCCUCAAAUACGAAAAGGCCAGAAAACUCAAGCUGCAUGUCGACAGGAUUCGCCAGGACUACUUCAAAAAGUUGGAAUCAACGAACUCGCUCGACCGGCAGCUGGGCACGGCGACGUACCUCAUCGAUGUUUUGGCUCUGAGAGUCGGUGGAGAAAAAGACACAGACGAAGAGGCGGACACUGUGGGGUGCUGCUCGUUGCGCGUUGAGCACCUGACUUUCGAUACAGAGAAGCAAGAAGUGACGUUCGACUUCCUAGGCAAAGACUCGAUUCGUUACUUCAACACAGUGAAGGUUCAUCCGCAAGUCUUCAAGAACAUUGUCGGUUUUUGCAAAGGCAAGAAACUCGAGGACGACGUGUUCGACAAAAUCAACAGUGCGGCGCUGAACAACCACCUACGCCAGUUCAUGCCCGGCUUAUCUGCGAAGGUUUUCCGCACCUACAACGCGUCGAUCACUUUGCAGAAUGAGCUGCGCAAACUGGACGAGGCGCUCGCGAUGCGUGCAGAGCAGGGCGGCAAAUCGGGGAACAAGGCGAAGAAGGACAAAACGGAGACAAAAGAAGAGACGGCUUCCGGCGAGGACGUGCCUCCCGCCCGGAGAGCUUCAGUCAAAGUGGAGGAAGAAGCGCGUCCCGUGAAGCCCGAGAACGAUGAGAAGAGAGAGGAGGAACUGCGAAACAUCACAUGCGAUAUCAGCAACGUGGGUGAACUGGUCCAGUUCUACAACGACGCAAACCGAGCUGUGGCCAUUCUCUGCAACCAUCAAAGAAGCGUGCCGAAGCAGCAUGCGGCCAGCAUGCAGAAGAUGGAACACCAGCAGUUGAUGCUCGACGAGGACAUUCGCGAAUGUGAAGAAUAUCUGGCAUAUCUCAAGAAACCGCCAUCAAAGAGAAAAGAGCAUUUCACCUACAUUUCUGAUGUUAAGGAUUUCCAAGGCAAUCCGAGGAAAACGAACGUCAGAGACGGCAUGAAAGAGGACGUGUGUGCGCGUCGUCUUCAGGCUCUGCUGAAACGCCGAGCAGACCAUCUCUUGAAAAUUAAACUGAAAGACGACAACAAAACGGUCGCCCUGGGAACAUCCAAGAUCAAUUACAUGGAUCCGCGCAUCACGGUUGCUUUCUGCAAAAAGUAUGAGGUGCCGAUUGAGAAGUUGUUCAACAAGAGUUUGCGCCUCAAGUUUCCGUGGGCCAUGUUCGCCAAGUCCACAUUCGAGUUCUAA